AAGCAUCAGAAACCCCAAAUUUUCUUCUUCCUUCGAACUCUUACAAAUUCCAUGUAAUCGAUUUUGAAAUCUGCAAAGGAUUGCAGUACAAAAUUUUUUUUUUUAUGCACUCUCCAAGCACCAGAGCGGAAAGCCGGUAAUGGUGAAACUCACCGUCGUCGCUGAUAAUGGUGGCGAUGAGCAAGACAAGCUUCUCCGGCGAGUGAAAGGCCUAGCCCCGCGGGUAGUCUUGUUGGUAGAGCAAGAAAUGAACACUAAUACUGCGUCGUUCGUGGCACGGGUGGGCGAAGCAACAGCGUACUACACAGCGCUGCUCAAGUCAAUCGGCUUGAUCAUGGCGAGAGAAUAAUCGAAGAGAGCAAAAAGUAGAGGAGGUAGUGAGUUGUAGAAUUGCCAACUUGGUUGCGUGCGAGGGUAGGGACCACGUUGAAAGAAGCGAGGUGUUCAGGAAGUGGCGAGCCUGGAUGGGCAUGGCUGGGUUCAAGUUAAAGCCACUGCAUCAAAACGUGGCCGAGUCAAUGCGAAGCAGACUCAGCUCCAGCAACCAUGAAAAUCCAAGUUUCACCGUCAAAAGAUGGGUUAAACCCUCAUCAUCGCAUUUGCUUAGCAUUAAUUGCACUUUUACUCUCAAAAUAUUGUCCUUAAUUAAUUGCUACGUUUUGU